AUGGCAACCAGCGCAAGAGCCACCACCUCGAAGGUGACGCUCGAGGCAUUCAGCCCAUCGAUAGCACGAGGUGUACGACGACCUAUCCGCUGCAAGCCUUCUCAACGCAACUCCUUCUUCCACGGCACCUCAGCACGUCACACGUCGAAAGCUCCAACACAAUCGUCACAUGAAAUCUCAUCGUCGAUCCGAUCGCUCAUGCGAGAAUCCGCCCAACCCGUCGCACUCGUAACCACACUCCUCCCGCCCACUAAUACGCAGAUCCAUGCAGCGACUCUGUCGAGCUUCACAUCGAUCUCCUUGGAACCGAAUCUGGUGUGUUUUUCCAUCAAGACGCCGUCGAAGCUUGCGGAUGCACUGGCGUGGCACGUUUCGCAGCGAAGGGGUGGAGGAGGAGGAGUAGAGGUGGAUUUCGUGAUCAACGUGCUGUCGAGCAGUCAGGCUGGUUUGGCUGCAGCGUACGCUAGACCGGGCACUCCACCGUUGGAGUUGAGCGAAGCAGCAGAACAAGAUGGAGGGCAGGCGCAUCCGUUGAGAUGUGCAGGGAUAGAUGGGGUGCCGUGCGGACGCGGGGAGACGGUGACGGUGGUGCAAGGGUCGAUUGGAAGUUUGGCGUGUAGCGUGGUCGAGAGUGUGGAUCUGGAUCAGUACGGAAGCAGCGAGGGAGAGGUAGACGCGCAAGAAAUGGAGGGGGAGUGCAAGACCAGCAAGCUAUACAUUGCCAGGGUCGUACACGUGCAUUCGCCGGGAACGAACGGUGACGAUACAAAGGGACAGGAGAGAGUUCCGCUCGUAUACCACCGUCAGAAGUUCGUCUGCACCACAGAGACGGCCCUCAUUGAAUCCUGA